AUGGCCCGUAAGCGCAAGAGCGUAGCUAGUUCUGUUGACUUGUGCCCGCGGGAUCUCGACGAGAUCCCGUACAUCGCUUGGAUGAACAAACAAAUCGCGGCCGGCCGCAAGCCCGCCGGCCCUUUGCCCGAAGGAGCGCCUGGUGCGGGGGACACCUCGUUCGAAGCCCCGCGCGAUGUCCCUACCCGCGGACGCCGUCAUGCCGACCGGAUUGCCUCAUCCCGCGUCAACGACGAUGCUGCCUUCGAUGACGAUGAUGACGCCGCGGACUCUGAUUACAACGAGUGCGACGAGGCCUGCGAAGACGACGCGGACUCUGGCGAGGAGCAGGACAAGGGCAUGUCCCCCUCCGAGGAUGAAGUUGACGCCGACGAGGACGCCGAUGACGACGAGGACGCUCCCGAAGAGGCCCAGCCUGCGUCCCCGGCUCCUCGUCGCGGCCGUGCGUCUGCCGCUGCGGGAACCAAGACUGCUGCUAAGGGUGGGGAACCUCCGCGUGCCGCUGCCAAGACCCGUAACUUGCAUCCUGUUAAGCGGAGCGUGUGGUCCCCCCGCGAGAACACAAUCUUCGUGGCUGCGCGUUGGUUCAUGAAGGACGAGCUCGGGCCCCUCCUCGGGAAGCAGGGCUCUCAUUACUGGGCCCGCCUCGCGCGUCACCUCGAGAAGGAGAAUCCCGGUUGGGUGCGCGGUGUAAACGCGCUUCAGAAGCAGUGGCGCAAUCUUGUGAACAUGUACAAGCAGAUCAAGAAGGGGGAAAAGGCGAGCGGCAAGGGUGCCGUGUGCAAGCCCCACUGGUACCCGUACAUGGCGCUUUUCCAGAACAACAAGGCGGUGGGCAACCCUCACGCCGUCGACGGUGGCGAUGCGGCACACGUCAACGUGCCGUGCGGGUACGCGGUCCCGUCCACUUCGGCGCCCUGCACCUCUACGCCGACAUUCACUGAGACGGCGACGAUGGCCGCUGCAAAGCUGGUGUGCGAGACGAUCAAAGGCUGCCACUCAGACGCCAUGAGCAGGCUCGAAGGCCUCGUCCGCGCGUGGAUGGAUCAGGACGCGCGUAUUGCUCGGGAACGCGUGCAGCAGCCCGCACCCUCCCCGCAUGUCCACGACGACAUCCCUGCCCACGCGGACAACAUGACCGACUCGCACGCCGCCGAAGGCGGCGACGACGGCUGGCUUCGUCGCGGGCAGGCGGGCGAAGACCCCUCUAACCCAGAUGCGGGUGAGGAGGUGUGGGUGCGCGGCGCCGCCGAGUGA